AUGGGUAUAAUUCGGCGACAUAACACGAUGGAUGUGAUUUGUCGUGAUUGUGUGAGAUGUACGACGUCGGAUACAAUUGCUAGAGGAACCUCAAGCUUGAAAAAGGAAGUUAACAGUAUUACCAGUCAUCGACGACAUAAUUCGGAGCCCAUUUAUUGCUCCGGUUCUCUUUCACAAGUUUUUCCGGGUUCAGAAGCUUUGGAAUUACGUUUGCAAUAUAGUACAAUGGAUGAUGCUCGAAUCGGAGGAAGUUGGGAUGAUGCAAAACGUUUCCUCAUUGAAUCACGAAAACAGGACCUGGAGAUUUCGAGAGAUAUGGAACGAGAAAACAUGCACUUAUAUCUUAGUGAGAUGCUUAUCGCUGCUAUGGAAGAGAUGCAGUGGCGUGCAAUAGUUGAAUCCCAACAGAAUUCCAUUGCGCAAGCCAAAAAUACAAGUUCCUGUCCAGCAUUAGCAAUAUCUUCUUCAGAGUCGAUUUGUGAUGAUUCUUCUGAACUAAUCGAAAAAAAAAAUAUUCCUGGUCCAUCUGUAUUUUGUGCUUCUGCUGAAGAUUUACAGUUUAACGACGAUAAAAAAAAAAUGUCAUGUAACAAAUCCAGUAGAAAUAGUGAAUCCGAUGACGACAGUAUUCAUGAAAAUUCUGCCGAAGCAAUUGCAUCCUCCCUAUUCAAGCAGUUCUCGACAGCUUACAAACCACGUUCAGCUGCCGAUAUACAGUGGCUUGUUUCUUAUGCACAAGCACCUCAGAGGCUUCUUCCAAUGCCAAGUGAUAUAGCGGUGUUUUUCGAUGAAGUAGGUAAUGACGGUCGACCAAUUUUCUUUCGCGGUUCAGAGAAUUGGGCACCUCCAAGGAAGCAGUGGAUUUUCCGACUGCAUCCAGAGCUUCAAAGUGUGCGAAAGCUUCUUGAACAACAACAGUAUCGUUGUGGUGGAUGUGGUAUUAAAGUUGCUAAAGUGUACUGUCGUCGUAUGCGUUAUUGCGAUUAUUAUGGCAGGGUAUUUUGUCAGCGGUGUCAUCAAGGUGCGAGAAGUCGUAUUCCCGCACGUAUUGUAUAUCAGUGGAAUUUUAAAGAAUAUCCUGUAUCCGAUAUAGCAUAUCGUUUCUUAUUAGAUAAUCAUCGACAACCGGUGAUCAACGCAUCAGCGAUUGAUUCUCGUUUCUACAGCAGAAUUCGUCGGUUAAAAAAAAUUAAAGAGUUACGAAUAAAGCUUGUACAUAUUUGGUCUUAUAUACGACUUUGUAGUACUGCUAAAGAAACAAUUACAAAAUAUGGGAACUUAUACGCUACAUUUUCAACAAUACCAAAUUAUAUGUUGUCAGAUGCGGAUGUCUACUCGGUGGAAGAUUUAGAAAAUGUACGAAAAGGAGAACUUUUUCGAAUCAUUGCUCCUCUUGUACAAUACGGACAAUAUCACGUUGAAGGAUGCGAGCAUUGCCGUGCUCAAGCAUUCGUAUGUGAACUUUGUGACCAAAAGAAUGAUUUGUUAUUUCCAUUUCAAAUUGAAUAUGUUAAUCGAUGUGAAGAAUGCGGUUCAUUAAGUCAUAAGGAAUGUGCUACCAAACGGCGAAAAGACGGAAAACCAUGUCCUAAAUGUUUGCGAAUUCAGCAAAACCUUGAGAGGCAUCGGUGUUAUUCGGAAUGGUCUUUGACAGCAGCUGAACAACAAGAUUCAACGAUGCCAUCAUUGGAUGACUAA